AGUUAUAGCUAGGCAGGAUCUACUACGGAAUUCGUACAUCCACCACGGGAACACAUGUAACCAGACAGAAAUCAGUUAUCAAAAGGACAGAGCAGAGAUAACAAAAUAAGGAGGAUGCCACAUUUACACAGCAUCUUCUCUCACAGUUUUGCAACUGAAGCAGCUAAGCACGGGACGAAAACAAUGUUAGAUGGCGGUGUCAGCAUUUCCACUUCCGCUUUCUCUGGCGACCAGACGACAGGAAGACGAACUCCGAAGAACAUUUUGUGAACGUAGAGUUAAACAUCAGUAGGCCUAUUGAACGAAGAAAUCACUUCGAAACAAGCAGCACUUGAGGAAAGGCUACACCCUACUACUCAAAAUGUCGGAAAGAAAAGUUUUGAAUAAAUACUACCCUCCGGAUUUUGAUCCAUCGAAAAUUCCCAAGAUGCGGAUGCCCAAAAAUAGGACCUUCAGCAUUCGUAUCAUGGCACCUUUUAACAUGAGAUGCAAUACCUGUGGAGAAUACAUCUACAAAGGCAAGAAGUUCAAUUCUCGCAAAGAAAAUGUGGAUGAUGAAUUUUAUCUUGGUCUAAGAAUUUUCCGGUUUUACAUCAAGUGUCCCAGAUGUGUAGCUGAGAUUGCUUUCAAGACUGACUUGGAGAACACUGACUAUGCCCUGGAAGCUGGAGCUGCUCGGCUGUUCGAGGCGGAGAAGUUGGCACAAAAGAUGGCUGCUGCUGAACAGAAGGAGAAAGAGGACGAGGAGAUGAACCCAAUGAAGGUGCUGGAGAACAGGACAAAAGCCAGCAGGAAUGAAAUAGAAGAGCUGGAUAAACUAGAGGAGCUGAAAGAGAUCAACUCAAAGAAAGCUAACCUCGACCAUGAACAGAUGAUAGAAGUCCAUCAGAAGUAUGAAGAACUUUUGGCGAGAUUGCAAGAUGAGGAGGAUGAGAAGAUUAUAGAGUCUAUAUUUGGAGAGAAAGAUGGUGAGGCAGUGAAGAGAUUGGCGGACACUGACAGUGAUGAAGACAGCUGUGAUGCCCCGCCUGUCAAGAAGCAACCUCCCCCAGAGAGACCUACUGAUAUAUUUGCUGAGGUGAACCCAGAGAAGAAGAAAGAAGAGACAAAGAAGCAAGAAAGCUGGCAAAGAAGUGUUGGAUCUCUGUCAUCCAAAAACAGUCUAGCUAACCUAGUCGUGAAGAAAAAGCCUGCUGCAAAGUCCAGCUCUACUGUUACCAACAAUACAACAAGCCAGUCACAAGCUGUGCCUAAUAAGGACAACUCAAGUUCGAAAGACACUGAGCCAAAGAAGCAGUCAAAACCUGUUUUAUCUGGUUUGAGCAUGCUGGGAAAUUAUUCAGGAAGUGAUAGUGAAGAAGUGUCUGAGUAAGAGGUUCAACAUGUUCACUGUUCAUGUGUUAUGUUAGAUUGGAAUAGGGCCCAAAUCACACAACCCUGAUAUUUUGACUCCAGGUUGUUUUGAAGUUUAUUUGGUUAUAUGUUUGAUAACAAGACAUGUAUGAUCACACAGCAGCACUCUCAACCAGACUAACGACUAACUACGUCAAAAACCUUCAGACAUCACUUACCAGCUAUAUGUUAUCCUGGCGACAUUGAAUGCGAUCACAGAUGGUGGCGUCCAGCAUGUCAUCGCAUUCAAUUUCACCAUCUUGAAAGGAGUCUCUCACUCACAAGAUCUGAUUAUAUCUAUGAACUAACUUUUAACAUUUAACAUUUACAUUAAACCAUGGUCUGUUGAGAACAGAGCAUUACCUUGCAUACUACACAGACAGCAAGCAAUUGUUUGGGAAAACUGAUGUGCAGGAGUUGACACCUUCUCAGUCUAUGACUUACAGCCACUAGUCCAAACCAGAGUCAAAUAGAAUGUCUUUCUGUCUUAGGAAAUUUGGCUGAUACUCGUAUAUGUAUACUAGUCAAAGACUAAAAUCUACAGACAAUACUGCAAAGAUAAAUAAGUUUGAGAUGAUCUGACGAUUGACUCAGCCUUUUUGGGGACUUCUCAUUUUAUGCAAUGAUACCUAAUUAACUGUUCGUUUUUAUGGAUUUUCAUUAAUGUUUAGGAUGUUGUCAGUUUUCAUAAAGAAUAAAUUGAGACUAGUACAUAGUAAGAGUAUGCAUCAGUCUUUGUCAAAAGCCUUCUCCUGAGGUUGUCUUGCAACAUGUGCAGGUGAGGUGAUACUUCAGUUACAUUUGUAAAGUACUGAUAGCAAUUAGAUAAACAUGAUAUUUUGCUUAAAUGUUUGUCCAUAUUUGAGACACAUUUCUGCUGGCACUUGCUUGCUGUCUGUGGAAAUGAAAUGAGAAACAGUUCAUUCAUGUUUCUUGUUUCAAUUAUACAAAAAAAAAAUUCAUAAUCUUGUUGUACAGACAUAUAUAUAUAUGAUUAUAUUUGUACAAAGAAAUUACACAUGUUGUACAGGUCCUAAAAGUUUAUAAUUUUGUAGAUUCAUUAAUAGUGACUACUGGCAAACAACUUAGAUCAUGAACUUGAUAUCAUCAGUCACACAGUCAUGAAUUUGAAUCUGAGAUUCCAUAUGUAUCAUAAAUAAUAAUCUUAUGUAAAUGGGUUGUACAGAACCAGGUUCCAAUUUAAACAAUUCCUAACUAUUUCAAUCAGCUGACAUUUUGUCAGCAGUCCUUUAUUAUGAAUGUAUGAUUUGUUUAAAAUAUUCAGGUUCAAAGAGUGCACUAGUUUCUUUAAAGAUACACAUUAUGAUAUAAAACUGUUUUACACAUCACAAACAUCAAAUGAGGACUGGCAGUCUCACAAAAUGUCAGAUGUUUAGAAUUUUGUCCUUUUAUGUGCUGGGUGUUUAAAAACACCUAAAUUUUUCAGGACUCGUAGUUCUAAACAAGCCAUUGUCUGUCUGACCUAGAAUACCCUUAACUUGCCUAUGUUUUGGCUAAUGGAAUGAACAUCAGCUAAUUCCUUUCUUCCAUCACAGACUGGGUUCCUAAUGUUAUUAUAAGGGUAACGCUAUUUUUCAGGGCAUCAUCAUUUGCAGAAGCCUGAGGUCUUCCCUUAACUGCCCGACGAAGGAGGGCAGUUGAAAAGACCG